AUGGAUUACACGGACCAGAUCCGUGCGAUCGAGGCGAGCUAUGCAGGCAUCAAAGACUCUGGGGCGCUCCGACAGGAUACCCCCGGGCCCCCUCAGGAGCACCACACACCCCACGACCUCACGCCAUCUCCCCCGUCUGAAGAACGAACCCCCUCGCAGGCGCCAUCGUCGACUACGUCCACAGCCCGGACCCGGCACAAUACAAUCAAGAUCAAGGACCCGGAGCCCUUGGACAAUGGAUCGAAUCCGCGUUACGCUGACUGGAAGGCAGCAGUGGAGCGGAAGAUGGAAUUAAACGCCUACUUCUUUCCCGACGAAUUCGCUAGGAUUACGUGGAUCGCGACCCUUAUCAAGGGACAAGCGCACGAGGUCCUAGCGCCCUACCUCGCGAAACAGGACGACCUGGAGAUCAGAUCCGUGGGUCAGAUCUUCGAGCUCCUUGGGUCAGUUUACGAUAACAAGAGCCACAAGUGGGAGGCGAGGCAGCGGCUGGAUAGCCUGAAAAUGAAACAAGGGGAGUCCUUUAUCGACUUCGCAGCGAAGUUCGUAACCCUUGCGACAAAAGCAGGACUCCAUGACCGAGACCGGAUCACAGAGCUUCACAAGAAGCUCACCGGUCGGAUCCGCCUAAACAGCCAAGAUAUCUACGAGCGGUACGAGGAGCUUACGUUUGCUCAAUAUCGUGACCGGAUGACUGCCCGGUAUCUUGUCCAGGUUGACGCGUUAGAGGGACUGAAGGAGGACCGAGAGGAGGUUGCGAAGACUAGGAUACCGACCCCAGACCGAGGAAUAAUCCGCCUCCUCGCGACCCUCGACUCCGCCGACUACCACGUUGCCGUCUGA